GAGAAAACAUAUGUCUGCCGGCGGCGGCAGUAGAAUGCAGAUCGACGACGGGUGGUUGCCGGAGGAAUUGACAAUCGAGAUCCUCUCCAGACUGCCGUCGCCUUCUACCGUCGGCCGAUGCCGCUGCGUCAGCAGAUGGUGGCGCGACAUCCUCUCCGACCCCGAAUUCAUAAGAAAAUCAAUCAUGCCGCCUGCUCCUAGGACCGCUAGGGUUAUGAUCCCUCGCCGACCAGAGUGGGAUUCCCAGUUUCUGCUGUACAGUCUGAGGGGAAAUUCGUACAGGCAGAUCAAGGGCGUGCCAGUUACGAGGCGCGCCGAAAGGGUUGUUCGGUCUCUCAGCGUCUCCCCGGCUAGGUGUCACUGGAUGUGGCGCUCGCGCAACUACGACGAUUGUUUCAGCUUUGUUUCCUUUGACAUGAGCAAGGAAGCGUUCACGAAGCCGUGGCUGCUGCCCACGCCGCCCCAGUGGCCACUCGAGCUACUUAUGGAGCAUUCGUUUCACAUGGCACGAGAUGACGAGUCGUGCUUGAUCGUGGUUUCCUCGAAAAUGGGAGUGGGAAAGGCGGGGACGAUGGUGCUGGAUGUUUGGGCAACGCCAAGCUAUGUGGCUCUGGCAAAGGGGAAAUGUUGCUGGAUCAGGUUGUACAACGUCGUCCAGGGUAUUCCUCUUCCUGCUGCUCCAUAUGGUGGAAUUCCCCGUUUGCAAGUGCCGGGGCUCUGGAAGCAAGGGAAGCUAUUGCUCAGGUACUCCAUGGAUCCUGGCAGCGAGCUGGUGCGUGUGUUUGAUCUAGAGGCGGAGGAGUGGGGUUUGGAUGUCGAGAUUGUUUCGGAAAGAGAUGGUUAUUUGGAAUUCAUAACUUAUCUUCCAUCCACAAUGUCUUUGUCCCUCUUAACCCACUUCGAAGGAAGAAAUAAAUGUCGUCUGAUUCAAAAUGACAUUCGAUAGCGUACGUACUUAUAGGAGCAUGGCUGUUUUUCAUUACGAUUGCCUAGCUAGCUAUAUACAGAGUAUACAAAGCUCAUUCGACGUUUGGUAAUUGGUCUAGGUUCUUUAGAUGUUUUUUCUUGCUUCUUUCUCGUACGUUUUGGUAGUUGGUUACCAAUGUCUCAAAUUCCAUUAGCCCUACCCCUUUCUUUAUAGUAAAUUGCAAGGUUGGUCACUAGAAUUAUAAAAAAGGUUCAUGUUUGGUCACUAAAAAUAUUUAAUUCCAUUCAUAGUCAUUAGAUUUAGUAAAACAGUCCAAAUUUAGUCACUCUUCGUUAGUCUCCAUCCGUCUCCGUUAACACCGUCAGUUUUUUGCUGACAUGGCUAAGAGACUCGCCUAAUCAGCCAAUUUCAACCAUGAAAAAUUGAAACCCGACCCGCCACAUCAUCUAAACCUGCCACGUCAUAUAAAUUAUAACCCAACCCAAAACCCAUCUAAUAAGCCAAUUUCUUCGGCAAUAGCUCCACCGUAAGAUCCAGAUUCGCCACCGACUUCCCCUGCAUCAUAUGCUGCUAUGCUUUCAGCUUGUGCGGCUAGAUCGGUCAUUGAGGAGCUCGCCACUGGCGCCUUUGUGGAGCACUCGCUGCCAUGCUACAAACUUCCCGGAGCUCCCACACCAUUCUCCUCGAGAAACUAGCAAGAAUUGAAUGUCGCUGCUCUCAACUCCGGCUUUAUUCCAUUUGAUGUUUUGAGCCAUAGAGGAAGCACCCAUCGUCCUUUCACCUCUGCAUCUGGCACGUAGACAUCAUUGUCGGAUUUUGAUUCAACAUGCGGUGGAGAGUGUCGGGAGCUCGCCAGCCUGAUACCGCGAAUCAUCACCAACACAUCGAAUGAUUUUGGGAUCUGGGUUUCUUGGAAGCUUCAAAAGAGGCGAAGAAAAGAAGAACAUGACCCAAAAUCGUGCUACAGUCCUUGGUUGCUGGGGAGGAUGUCGCCUUCAUCGCCAUUUAUUAGCGGGAUUUCAUUAUACCUGCUGGAGAGAUUUAGGGCUGGUGCUCGACGGUAGUUAUGGAUCUGGAGCUGGUUGUUGAGUGGAGGGCAACGAUAGAGAGUGGGAAGAACGACAACAAUGGGAUGGUCAACGCCUCUCCUCACAUUUAUGUACGCCGCUGAAGAAGAAAAGAUGGGAUUGUCGUCAGGAUUCGGUGGCCGAGAUUGUCGCCGACAUUGGGUUUAACAAAAUGAAGUGGGUGAGAUUCUCGCUGGGAUUGGGUUUAGGAAAAGGGGAUUUGGAAUUUUGGGGUUUUUUUUGGGUGUUCUGGGCAUCGGAUAUGGGGAAGAAAAAUGAACAAAAAGAAGAUGGAUUUCUGAUCUGGAAAUAAAAAUGGGGUAAAAGUUAUUUUAUUUGAGUGGGUCGGUUCAUAGGGCAGACUGGUUCAAGGGUUAGGUUGGACAAGGUUACAUGACUGGUCGGGUUUCAUCAUUUUCGGGUUAAAUUAGGUUGACUAGACCAUUCUGUUAGACACGUCACCAAAUAACGGACUUAGUUAACGGAGACGGGCGGAAACUAACGGAGAGUGACCAAAUUUGGACUGUUUUACUAAACCUAGUGACCACAAAUGGAAUUAAAUAUUUAUAGUGACUAAACAUGAACCUUUUUUGUAAUCUCAGUGACCAACUUUGCAAUAUACCCCUUUCUUUAUUCAUAACAAUACAUAGUUGUCUUCACUGUUUAACAUGCUCCUCAUAUGAAAAUCAGACAUUCUAUACAAUAUGCUAAAUUGAUGAUUAAUAUUGGGAAUGGUCACGAGACCUCGUGAUCAAACUAAUUUGGUUAGCAUGCAGUGGCGGAGGCAGCAUUUCAAACCGUCCCUGUCCUCUUUUCAUAAUUUAAAUAUAUACUUAUUUAAUAAAAAUAAUAAAAAUUA